UUUACCUUAAUAUCUUUUAUUCUUUUUUUUCAAGAAGAACUUGCUUCUGCCCCAUCUUCAUCUGAUGCGAACAAAAAAAUGACCCCUCUUUCUGCUCCUCUUGUUGUGGUCCUGUUGGAGAGUGUGAGCGUCCUAGUAGCGCUUGCCACAAGGAUCCGCUUCAAAGAGGAAUUGCAUGUGAAGCCUGUGCGCAGUGGGGCUGAAGAUGCGUUUUUACUGCAUUUCUCGUUCUCGACAAAGGCAGAAAUAAGUACUACUGGUCCUACAUCUACUGAAAGUAUCCGAGGGACUACUAGCUCUACUGGCUACUCUACCUCGUCCAUCCGUUCCCGUUUUUUCCAGAAGUCUAUAGCACAAAUUUUCGCCUCCGAUGAAAAUCUUGGUGCUUUCGAUGCCACGCUGACACAAGGGAGGAUCACUUCUAACGAUGGUCGUGGCGCUGGACGAGCACAAGGAGGUGCUUUCCGUUCUCAGCCACCUGGAGCCACACUUAUCGCUUCUUCGAGAUGGAAAAGUACCAGCAAAACCCUAUCUUCAUCUAGAUCUGCCGUGGCACGAGCCGAUCUAGACUGGAGCAAGCUCGUAUUCCAGUUGGCAGGGUUGUUGUGCGCCAGCUUCGAGGCUAUGGAUACUGGUCAUACAGGGUUCGAAUGGAUUCAACCUGUGGAAAGGGUGGAGCAAAGAAGAGCAUCUUUUGGUAGGGCAUAUAAUUCAUCUUCGUCAAGAAGUGCUUCUACAACUACGGACUCUACAAGAACUACGGAACAACAGCAACAUGAAGAUCUUGUUCACGAAUCUUCUCAACAUGAAGAUCUUGUUUCUUCUCGUUCUCUGCUCUACAUGACCCUGCCUUACGAACCAGUGUGCACUGAGAACUUGACGCCUUUGCUGAGGUUACUACCCUGUCGCGGAGACGCAGGCCUGGGUCAGAUGCUGCUUGCGCCAGUCGCGUUCGCCACUGCUGGUUAUUUUUCUAUCCGUUUAUCCGCCAGUCGUAGUGGAGGGUUUGAAGCUACGAUCACAGCACAAGUGGAAAAGAAGACACUGAUGUUUGCAGGAGUAGAAACUCAACAAACUCCAACUUCUGGAGAGGUGGAUUACUCCAAUUAAGGUGGCUACCGUUAGUAGAGCACUCUCAGCACCAUCCUCUUUUCUACUUGUGAAAAAGAAGAUAAGGAUGCUCUCAGGGACGCGAAGGCGAUAGCUCUAAUCCAAGAACUAUUUUGGGAGUAUCUUGAACGCACUGGGUGGUGGGAUGAAAGACGGAGGCUUUUCAAGAUGCCCUAUCAGCGUGUGGCCGCCCAAUCUGUUAUUUUAUGGAGAAGAGAAAGUGCUGAGCACUCCUGGAGGAAAGAAUAUGAAGGACAUCGAACGGAUCAAGAAUGCUCUUCUUGUUGGGACGCAGAAUGGCGCGAAAGAACGUGAAAUCAAGCUAUUGGGGCAGCAGCACAAGAGAAAUCGCAUCUUCAACUCCAAACUAGACGGACUCCUAAUUCAAAACCCAGCCAAACUCCGAGAGCUUCUUCAGCACCAGGGAAGCCCCAAGAAGAGAGAAGCCCCAGCAAGAAGUAGCGGUGAUGGCUACGAAGAAACCGUGCUCCGCGAAAUCCUUCCAGCUUCUUCUGGUGCGCGCAGCUACGGCACAUGGAGCUUGAGAGUAGGAAAUUUAGAUCCUUAUUUAAGGCUCAGCUUUCAAUGGUAUCAUUUAGAUUGGGGUUGGUCACUGAGAUCGAAGAGGCGACCCGUUGAGGAAAGAUGGGGGGGGAAAACGAAGGGAAGGGGGAGAGCCUUGAAGGGGGUCCGUUCCGUUCAGAGUCAGUGACCAUUGAAGGCUGAGCUUUAACUUAUGCUCGCCGAGUUGUGGAAGUAACAGAGUCGCUGCCUUACUUUCUGCAACCAUUGUGGCAUACAGCAGAAUUGAUAGUAAAUUGCGCUGUUGAUGUUCUUCUUGAAGUAGAACAUGAUCAACAUCUUCGAGAACAACAACAGGUCAACACCAGAACCAGGACCCUCUCAGGAAAAGCGGCUCUACAAGCACUAAAUCUAGACUUGAGAACACGGACAGGAAGAAAAGCGCAACUCGUGUUUGACCUUUCUGUUGAUGCGAAGAAAAUAUUGGAACAACUAGAACAAGAACAAGUAGUACAACUGGGAGAAACGCAAACUACAUCUUCUAGAACAACAGCACCUUUGUUCUCAUCAUCUCGACCUAGUAAAACGUUACCUCCGACUCCGACAAGCGUCUCUUUCCGUGUGCAACUACUCAAAAGAUUUGUCCACAUGGACGAUUUCUCCUUCGCUGCAGAGAAAGGCUUUGAUGUUGGCGCAGCUGCUUGGAAAGUAGUGGAUGUAGAUGAAGAUAAUUCAUCCACUUCUACUAGAGAACAAAAUCUACUAGAUGAUCUUCGCACCACGUCGAACAAGUACAAGGAAGAAGAGACGAGUAGUACAACUACAGAGAAAGUAGACAAAAUACUAGAUAUGAUGGUAAAAAACAUAAAGGAGCAGCCGCCGCCUCAUGUUCAGGACUCCGACAACAAUUUCUACCAACAUUCGUCCCUUCAUUUGACAGAGGGUGCAUUGGUGAUGAUCCAAAUGCCAGACUUUUCGAUGCCUUUUAACGUCGUCUGUCUGACCGCUACCUUCGCAAGCUUCUUUUUUUCACAGUUGUUCAGAGUGGCAACAGCACCUGCGGGACUCUCAUGAUCAGGAAUCUAAUAAAUGUAAAAGUAGUUGUACUAGUUGUUCUACUACUAGUUCUACUUUAAUACAAAGAAAACCAAAGAGCUGUUCUACUUAAGACGAACAAUCAAGAACGAAAUGUGUGAAUUCCAGCACGGUCAGGACAAACCCCGGAGCACUUGUUCCCU